AUGGCAGAUGUUGAUUGGCUCAAACAUUUUUUAAAACGUCAUCAAAAUUUAUCGAUUCGCAAUCCUGAAGCCACAUUAGCAGCUAGAUCAAUAGGAUUCAAGAAAGUGGCCCUAAGUCCUGCAUUUUCCAUCCCAGAGAGUAGUGAAGAUGAGAAGGCAUCGGAUGAUGAAACUUAUAGAAACCCAGGUCCUGAGAUUUUCAUUCCAGAGAGCAGUGACGAUGAAAUCGCUUCAGAUGAUGAUCGUGGAAAUGUAGGUGAAUUUGAAGAAAUUUAUUUAGAUGACGACGCUCUUGAUAAUGAUUGCGACGAAUAUAUUCCUUAUGAAACGGAAGAAGAAGAUAUCUCAAGCAAGCCUUCUACGUCAAAACAGCGCACAGGAAAUAAGAGAAAGAAGGUUAAAUGUGUAUGGUCUGAUGAAAGUAUGGCGUAUGACGAGUCACAUAUUGCGUUUUUAGGAUGCCAAGAUCUCCCAAAUGAAAUUAUGAAACUCGAAGCGCCCAUGGAUUUCUUUAAAUUUUUAUUUCCUUCUUCAGCGAUUAAUUUAAUUGUAAGGGAGAGCAACUUAUAUGCUGAUCAAAUCACCGAAAGCAACCACAAUGAAGUCACGGAAGAAGACAUACGUAAAUUUUUAGGCAUAAUAAUUUAUAUGUCUGUGGUGCAUCUUCCAACAACACGUCAUUAUUGGAAGGAAGGUACAUACAUUGAAAAGGUGGCUUCAGCAAUGACUUGUAACAAGUUUGAAGAAGUAAAAAGGUUUUUACAUUUUUUUAACAAAAAUGAUGAGUUGGAGUCCGGUGAUCCAAAUUUUGACCGGUUACAAAAGAUACGCCCUUUCCUUAAUAUAUUGCGUGAAAGACUGUUACAAGUGCCUAAAGAAGAAUACUUGGCAAUUGAUGAACAAAUGAUUCCUACCAAAGCACGUACUUCUGGUAUGAGGCGUUAUAAUGCCAAAAAACCACACAAAUGGGGCUACCUCAAUUAUGUGCUAAGCGGAGCCAGUGGCUUUAGCUACGAUUUUGAGGUUGAUACUGGAAAACACCCUGAUCCGCCAGAGAACUGCCCUGACCUCGGAAUACCAGGAAACAUUGUCCAGCGUUUGUUAAACACUGUUCCUCAAAAUCUUAAUUAUAAAAUUUUUGUGGACAAUUGGUACACUAGUUUGCCUUUGAUGGCCAACUUGCAUAAAAAAAGGACUCCUUCCUUUAGGAACAAUUCAGCUCAAUAG